CACACAUUUCGAGAACAAUUGUGAAACUGUGAAACUUUAAAAAUUAAAAUAAAUAUCUCAGUCAAGGAGAACGAUCGACUUGGAAGGGUAUCAAAAGCUGCGGCCCCGAGGCUGCUCUUCCUUCUGUCUUGUUUUUUCGCUGCUGAUAAGAUUAAAGAGGAGAGGCAGUAGCAGUAGCAACAGCAGCGGCAGCAGCAGCGGCAGCGGCAUUCAAGCACGCAGAGAGGGAGGUGAAAGAACAAGAGAGUGGAGUGGCUAGUUGUUUUGCCAACGUUGGCCGCCUCGCAAAAGUUGCUCCGCUUACACUCCCUCUUCGUACAGAAAGAGUGUGCUCCAAGGGGAGAGAAAGAGAACGAGAACGAGAGUAGAAAGCACCGCUAAUCGCAAUUUCACAGCGCACAAAUCGCACGCCAUUUUCUAGUAUGCUCUAGGAAUAUAUUACGAAACCUUCCCCCCACCACCCAUCCAACGUACAAAAGAAAGCGAAAGGAAAGCAAUCGACAAACGAAAGGAAAAGAGAAAGAACCACAGUGGAAAAAGGAUCGCAGUCCCACAAAGAGGCAACGGAAAGGGAUCUACGCCACGCCCCUGCACAAGAAUGAGCAACAUGAAGGGCGGUUUCUCCACACUCAAUCGCUGGUUUGGCCGCAAAAAGGACAAAUCGGGCAGCAACAACAGCGCAUCGAUUGGAAACCUGUCCAAGUCCAGCACACAGCUGCACCAUCUGUCCAAGGAGAUGGAGAUCAAUGAGGCUAGUCAGCUGGAGUACAAUCGAAUCACCCCCAUACCGGCGGUCACCAGCAAUGCGCCCUUCGAGCAGACCUUCCGCAUCACUGUGCUGCUCCCCAAGGACCAGCUGUAUGUGGUCCGGCUGGGGGCACGAGUUCCGCUGCGCAAGCUCCUCGAGCUGGUGUGCGACAACAAGCAGCUGGAUCUGAACAAGUACGAGUUCCGGAGUCCAGUGGAUGCUAGUCAGGUGUACAGCUGCGAGUCGACCAUCGGGGCUGUGGGCCUCUCAGAGAUACGACUGUGCCACAAGUCCGACUCCUAUGACAGCUACAACGGCGAUUCCAUUGCCAAGUUCCAGCGCACGGGCACCGCCCGGGACUCGCUGAGCAGCAGCUCGGACUUCAGCAGCAGCCGCCACUCGAAGGUCACCGCCAAGACGCCCAGUCCAUACAGUUCCACCAAUUCCCUCAACUCCAUGGACUCCACCGGCAUGAACUACACGCGCACGCCCGUCUUUGUGCCCGCCCCGCCAGCCAAAGUCAUGGCGCCGCCGCCGCGCAAGAAGCGUGUGGCCCCACGCCCGCCCAGCCAGCACUGCAUCCCGGAGCAGUCUGUGCCGGAGUCGGAGCCGGCAAGAGCCCCAAAGAGCACGGCAGAGCCCGCGUACGCGGUGAUCGUGAAGCGUCCACAGCUGUGCAUGUCCACGCCGAAUCUGUCCAGCCAGCCCCCGGAGCUGCUGGACUGCAAUGGGAACAGCGCCAAGGCAUCCCCGGCGGAUGGAGCGGACGCCGUGGACGCCGACGGCCACUACGCCACGCUCGACCUGAAGCGAGCCUCGGGUCCGACACGGGGCUCGGUGACGAGCACACUUUCGGGCCUAGGACAGGGCCAGGGACCGGAGCCGACGCCCCGCAAACGGCUGUUGCAGAUCAAGAAGAAAGCGGCACCGGCCCCGCCCCCUGGCUUCGCGGGUGCACUGGCUGCAAACGGCAAUGGAAACGCUUCGGGAGCGGAUACAAUAUCGCUGGCCUCCACCACGAACUCGCUGUCGGAGACGCUGACGCCCACCACACCGCAGCCAGCACCGCGGAUCAGCACUCCGUUGCCCUAUGCCGCACCCACACCCACACCCAUUUCUCCUCCCACACCAACUCCCGCUCUACCGAGUAGCUCCCCACCAACUAUUGGAGCCGCUGCUCCCACAAAUGCAUCCCAGAACGUGUCCAAGGUGCUGCUAAACCGGACGCCCACACCGGAGCCCCGCUCCCUGGGCAGUGCCACAGAGGAGGACGACAACGAUGCGGGCUCCAAGCAGGCAGACUCGGGCAUCGGAGAGCCCGCACCCUCACCCUCUCCUGAGCCCGAGGCCGAGGAGCCCGAAAAGUCCAACAUAGAGUCCAGCUCGGAGGACGACGAGGCCAUCAAGGUGUACAACUUCAAGCUCUGCCAGACAUCCGUCAAGGGAGAGCAGCCACUGGCCAACAGUUUGGCGGAGCUGGCGGUUCUGACAGCCGCCGCCCAAGAGGACGAGGAGGAGGAGCAGCAAGAGACCUCCACUCUGGCCACACCGACUAGCGCCAGCGAACAGACAUCGCUCUCCUCGUGGAACUACUCGGUGCCCAUUUCCCCGCCGCCAGAUUUCUCCGAUCCGCAUGCCCGCGGAGUGACCAAAAGCGUAGCCACAAGCCCCAACCCCAGUCCCGGCUCGCCGCUGGACGAAAUCGUUGACGAGCUGUCGACCAUCAUUCAGCAGCAACGCCUGGACACGCUCAUCCGCAAGCAGCCCGAACAGGCGGAGAUCGAGGCAGCAAAGCCGAACCGUCUGGCCAACUUCAGCAUUGCCACGGCCAAGUCCACAACGAUCACGUCCAGCACGACUUCCACGAAGGUCAGUCGCUCUGACUCCUUCCAGGCGGCAGCAGCCCAGGAGAGGGCAUCCAGAUCCCUGAGCCAGCGCAGCUCCUCCCACAUAUCUCUCAAUAAAAUCGAUCAGAAUGGACUGGGAAACGCGGCCGGUCCAAGACGCUCCUCCAGUGAACUGAGCAUCGGAGAGACACCCUCGCUGCAGAGCUUCGAGGUGAUCAAGACCAUCCUGAACUCCCGCAAGAAUAGCCUGACCGAGAGCAGCGGCGGUGGCAGUGCAUCAGCGUCCGCAGCCACAUCCCCCUCCAAAGUGGUGGAGCAGGUGGCCCUGCUGUUAGAUCAACCAAAGAGCAGCCCCACAGCAGUCGCCAGGCUGGAGCGCCAGCCCUCGGCAUCUGGACAGGCCAAAGAACAAGGAUCUGCCAGAGGAACAACGGCAGCAGCUGGAGCAAAGACACCAGAGCCAUCCCCUACUCCAGUCAAGGCUCUCAAGGAACAGUCUCCCCCUCCAGCUAAGGCCGUGAAAGAGCAGCAACAGGUGGUUCCCCCUGCAGCCAAGACAGUCCAGGAAGCAGUUGCUUCUCCUGCCAAAGCCGUGAAUGAACAGAGUUCUUCUGCAGUCUGGGAACAGCCGUCUCCAGCUUCGUUGAGAGCCAGCCCAGCCAAGGAACAGUCACCACCAGUCACCGUGGCAUCUCCGACUGAACCAAUCAAGGAGCGGACAUCACCCAUACCCACUCCAAGUGCCUCUCCAGUCAGCCCUGUCGCCCUGCGACCAGCACCAGCACCAGAACCAGAACAGACAGUCAUAUCCCCUGUAAAGACGGCAGCCCCACCAGCUGCGAAACCCCUACCGCCCCAAUAUCGCUACUCCGGGCCCCCGAACAUUAAUUUUGGGGCAUGGAGCGAACGACCCAAGUCGCAGGUGGCCAUCAAGAACGAGGGCGACUACAUAUUCGGGGGAGCCGGCGCCACCCCCGCUCCGUCUCCAGUCAAACUGACCAUCGAGGUGGCCUCGCCCAUACUUAGGAUGGGGAUACCGCAGCGCAAGGAGUACCAUGUACCCAUAACAGUCAAGCCUCUGCGGGAUGUCACAUCCGCAUCCCAAACAGUACCGGCAACAGCACCCACACCAGCACCAACACCAAAACCAACCCCCGUCCCGGCUCCAGUCGCAGCUCCCGCAUCCUCAUCUCAGCCGCAAGCAAUGGCCGCCUCUGCAGACACCACCACGUCCCCAGGCCAAGUCCAAUCCUCGACAUUGCCCAGACCCGCAAAGAGCCAUCGUUUCACCCUGCCCGCGGGUGGUGGUGGUGACGCCUACACUCAGGCGACCAUCAACUCACUGCCACGGCCGGUUUCCACCCUGGAGAGAAGCAAGGCCCCAGUCGAUCCCUCUCCAGCGCCAUUCGGACAGAACACCCUGCGGCGGACGGGUUUCAAGGAGCGCAUGCUGGCCAGGGAGCAGCAGGAGCAGGAGCAGGCCCUGAGUGCUCGUGUCUCGGUCAAUGGCAGGUCUUCAAGUCCAGCUACAGCCUCAAUUGCAGCUCCCAUCCCAGCAUCAGCUUCAGCUCCUGCUCCAGCUUCAGUUCCAGUUCGAGCUACCACUGCAGUCGAAGUGCCGGCAAAAGUUGCUGUUGCAGCUCAAACUGUCACCGCAGCGCCAGUCCCAGCACCGAAGCCAGCUCCGCCGUCCAAGUCCAACCAAGUGACCAGCAUGGUGGAGCUGAAGCUCCAAAAGCCUGAGGCACAGCCGCAGACAGCCAAGUUCCAGGUGAAGCUGCGAUCCACAAGCGGGCCAGCGGCUGCAACGAGGACAGCGACGCCGCCGCCACCGCCUCCACCGCAAAUGGGAGUAUCGCUGAAGCCCCUGAAGGCAGGUCCAGCGACAGGAGCGGGACGCAGUCAAGCCUCUGAGGACCCGCGCUCCCAGCUGCUAGACGCGAUACGAAACUUCAAGCGAGACGAGCUCAACCGAUCCUGAGCGGGCGGACUCACAAAAGAGGAAGAGCACAAAUUGUAUUGUUUUUUAUCGAUUAGCAUUAGCAUUAGCCUCAAAAUUUACUGUUUAUUUCUUUAAUUUUUCCAAUGUAAAUAAUCCGAAAGCUCGAAUCGGAUCGGAUCCGAUCGGAUCGAAAUGCGAAAACGAAUACGGAUGUUGUAUAUCUGAAGAAGAAGCUGAAGUAGAGAAUGUGUUUUUUUUUAAACCGUAUUUUUUUGUGUACCGAAGCACAUUAAUUUUUUUUUAACUAAUCUUAGUUUUUGUUAUGAACUAUGUAGUUUUUUUUUUAAACACUUUGUUUUAGUCAUUAGGUCACAAAAACCCAAAAAAAAAAACAGUCGAUGAAACUGAACAAGUAAAAGAGCGAGCGGGAACGAAACGAAAGCGAAGGAAAAGUAUAUAAAUAUGUUAUUAUGCCUAAAUAUAUAUUAUUUUGUAUGUCAUAGUGAAUUAUAGUAACCAAUUUUCUAACCAAUGGGACUGGUCUGUCUACUUAGUCGUGUCGAAACAAA